UGCAGUUAACAAGGGAGGGGUAGAGGGGGAUUGAAACAAAGGCUUUUACAAACAGCUUGACAUAUAAAAAGGGGAAACUGCUUGUUUUUGUUGCGCUGGAUCUGAGAUACUAUUUCUCCUAGUGCCUGCUUUGAGAUCUCAAAAUAAACUUGGUUUUUGCUUCUCCACCCUGGUGUGUCAAUCAGUGCUACGCACACUGGGCAACGAACCACUGCUGCCUCCUCAGGCCCUUUGGGCCGGCAACAGUUUUGGCGUCCCUGGGUGGGCUCGAGGCAAAAUUUAGCCUUGCCCGGAUCCCUCCUGGAGGCCGACGGAUUGCGACAAUGACCGAUGCUCAGCGCGCACCGGUGAGUUCAUCGGGGGCCUCGGCGGAGACGUGGUUUGGUCGACCCCGGAGGGCACAACGGUGCAACGCACUCAGAUAGUGGAGAAGCAGCUACGGGCGACGGUGGGGAACCGGUCCUGUGGAUCAGGUAUACCAAAGAUUCACAGCCUCCUCUACUGGAUACCCCGGUCCACUCCUUGCAGCCAGGCGAUUCUGUACUCGUUCGGACCUGGAAGGACGAGCCUCUCCAAGAGAAGUGGAAGGGACCCCACACUGUCCUGCUUGUUUCCCACACGGCGGCGAAGGUCGAGGGACACAAGAACUGGAUUCAUCACUCUCGACUGAAAGCAGUGCCUGCUCCUGAACAGUGGACUGUGCAGCCUGCUAAAGAAGCAGCUUCUAGCGACGACUUGGGACUUAAGCUGCUAUUUAAAAGACAAUAAGAGUCACUGGGAAUGCCCUGUGAUCUCUCUGACCAGCCACAGCGCACUUCCCACGAGCACCCUGAACAUUGGUUUUAUCUAUUCACAGAAGGCCGACCUAAUUUCUGGUCUUGGUCCUUUUAUUUUCUGAUUUGUUUGGUGGCUUUCAUUCUUAUCCAUUGGGCAUUUGGGUUGCUGUAAUUGCCAAUAUGGGUUCAGGUUUAGGGUCUCUCACAACCUUCCUUUUUGUUACAGAGGUAUUCCUUUUGUUCCCUUCUGCUACACCCACAGCACAUGCAGAAUGGGGACCUCUCCCUACAGAUAUGGCUACCAAUACAUAUGAAGCCCUGAAAAUUGCUUUUGCCCGUGAGUUUAAUCUCUCCAACUGUUGGAUAUGUGCCCAGAUUCCCCAUCAUUCAGCAGGACUGCCCUGGCGUGCGGUUCCCCAAAAUUGGUCUGAUAUUUGCCAGGAAAUAUUGGUAACUUCUUAUAAUAUGCGGCAGCCUUUUAUGUCAGGCAGAGUUGGAGGAAGCCUAAGCCAUAAUUGUUCUCAGGAGCGCUUUUAUAGUUUGACCAACAGCUCCUGGCAACCCUUUGGCAACCUCUUACAAAAACCUACCCCCAUCAGACUCCGGGUUGUACCCCAAGGUCUGCUUUGUUUUAGGGAGCCUUCUUCACCUAAGGCCCUCUGGUUUGCAGGUAAUAGUUCCUGUCACUAUUACUUGUCUCCAACAACUAAUGUUACAAUCCCCUUUCUCAACAGCACUGGCCAGGAUACUGGGGAAGGGCUCCAGUACUGGCCCCCUCAUAUUGCCACCCAGCGCCAGCAGGGGAUUAAUGGACUGGUUGCUAAUGGACAGGCAUUUUUUAUAUGUGGCCGUAAUGCCUACAAGUGGCUCCCACAUGGGUGGCAUGGAAGUUGCUAUAAAGGAUUCCUUGGCCCUCCCCUCCGUGUUGUGGCCCACGCUCCCUCAGGUCGCCCCAGGUACCACCGGUCCCUAAGCGCUACCCUUGAACCCAUCGGUGAGGGAGACAGGUUUGGAAUGAUAUUCCUCCCUUCCUAUGGGGUAGGACGAAUGGCCCAACUGUACAAGAGACUUUCUGUAUUCCUUACUCGGUUUGCCAAUGACACCUUGGCCAUAGAAAAAGACAUAAGUUCUGAGCUCUACCAACUCCGGUUAUUAUCCCUGCAAAAUCGCCAGGCCCUAGCCUAGAUUAUAUUUUAGCCUCACGGGGCGGGGUCUGUGCCCUUAUUGGGGACGAAUGUUGUACCUAUGUCCCAGAAUCUUCACAGGAUAUUAACAAGCACAUCCUGUCAGCUGAACGGGCCUUUAACCUGUGGAAGGCCCAGGAAGCAGAACCUACUCUUUUUGAUUCCCUCUGGGGUUGGUUACUUAAUAUAGGGGGACUAGGGGGAGGUAUUGUUCACCUCCUGCUCACAGGUGUUGUAAUCUGUUUUGUUCUCUUUCUUUUGCUCGCUUGCUGUAAAGUACUCAUACAUAAGCUUUGUACCUCCCAUUCCCCAGAUGUUCCUUUGUACCCCUUAAUUGAUGACCCUGAUUGUACGGAACUUAAUCGCUUUUUGUCUUCAGAGUAUGAGAAAACUCUGCCAAAGGUUUGUUGAGUGUUCUCAAAGGAGGGAAUUGUUGGUGUCACUGGGCGUAGCUACCAGGUAACUCGGGGGGGUGGAAGACCACGAGUGUCGAUGAAGCCCCCCUGCUCUGGGUCUAAGUG